GGCCGUGAUCGCUCCGCUGUGGACUCGAUGAGAAACAACGGUCGGGGCGCUAAUGUGUGCAACACCCUGUGUUUGAGUUGUGGGAUGGAGUUUCGCUGACACAUACACACACACGGCAGCUCUACGGGAUCUUUGUUUUUACCUGUCUGUCUAUUAACGCAGCCACACAUACCAGGCGCACCUACCCGAGCGGCAUGGCCGAUAAUAUUAUCGUCAGGGUACAGUCCCCAGAAGGGAUGAAGAAAAUUACUUCAACAAAGAGGGAGACAGCUGCUGCUUUUUUAAAGAAGGUGGCCAAAGAAUUUGGGUUUAACUCCAAUGGGUUUUCUGUUUACCUGAACCGCAACAAGACCGGAGAGAUCCUUUCCCAGAACAAAGCCCUCAGCCUUCUUAAGAUUAAGCAUGGGGACAUGUUGUUUUUGUUCCCUUCAGAAUCCUCCACCACCUCUGGGGAGAUUAUGGACACGGCCACCCCUCACACAUCUUCAUCACUACCAUCCGUCUCAUCCUCAUCUUCAUCCUCCUCGAUCCCGCGGUCCUUCUCGGCUCCCCAGGUCCAGGAAGAUGAGAUUGAUCGGUACCUGGCCAAGCAAGAUGGCAAGAUCUACAGGAACAGAGAUCCGCAGUUAUGUCGCCAUGGUGCCCUUGGAAAAUGUGUGCACUGUGUACCACUAGAGCCUUUUGACGAAGACUACCUGAAUCACCUUGACCCACCGGUGAAGCACAUGUCAUUCCACGCAUAUCUUCGCAAGCUAACUGGUGGAGCCGAUAAGGGGAAGUUUGCAGCUCUGGAGAACAUCAGCUGUAAGAUAAAGUCAGGCUGCGAGGGUCACCCUCCCUGGCCGGAGGGCAUCUGCACCAAGUGCCAGCCGAGUGCCAUCACACUGAACAGACAGAAAUACAGACAUGUGGACAACAUCAUGUUUGAGAACCACACCAUUGCUGACCGCUUCCUGGACUUCUGGAGGAAGACAGGCAAUCAGAGGAUGGGCUACCUGUACGGCAGGUACACGGAGCACAAAGACAUCCCCCUGGGCAUCAGAGCAGAGGUGGCUGCCAUCUAUGAACCCCCACAGAAUGCCACCCAGAACAGCCUGGAAUUGUUGGAGGAUCCCAAAGCUGCCGCUGUGGAUGAGAUUGCUGCUAAACUGGGCCUGUGCAAGGUGGGAUGGAUCUUCACUGACCUGCUGUCGGAGGAUACGAGGAUAGGCACUGUCCGCUACACAAGAAACAAGGACUCAUAUUACCUGAGUGCGGAGGAGUGCAUCACAGCGGGAUACUUCCAGAACCAGCAUUCAAACCCCUGCAGACUUUCUCGAGAUGGACAUUUUGGAUCCAAAUUUGUGACUGUAAUGGCAACAGGUGGUCCAGAUAACCAGGUGCACUUUGAAGGAUACCAGGUGUCCAAUCAGUGCAUGGCUCUUGUGAGAGACGAGUGCCUACUGCCCUGCAAAGAUGCUCCUGAGCUGGGCUACGCUAAAGAGUCCAGCCCUGAGCAGUAUGUACCAGAUGUCUUCUACAAGGACAAAGACAAAUUUGGAAAUGAUGUUACAUUUCUAGCUCGGCCUCUUCCCGUGGAGUAUCUUAUCAUAGAUAUAACCACAACUUUUCCAAAGGAUCCCCAGUACACCUUUUCUUCCACGCAACGCUUCCCCAUUGAAAACCGGGAUAUUCUUGGAGAGACACAAGAUUUUCACAGUUUAGCCACAUACCUGUCCCAGUGCAGCUCCACAUCAUUCCUGGACAUCGUGUCAGACUUCCAUCUGCUCCUCUUCCUCGUUACCAAUGAAGUCAUGCCUCUGAGAGACAGCAUCGGGCUGCUACUUGAAGCCGUGAAAACUUCUAAUGAGGAUCUGGCACAGACCUGGAAGAAGUCGGAGCAAUGGGCCACCAUUGAGCAGCUGUGCAGUACAGUGGGUGGGCAGCCCACCAGUUCUCUGGGUUAUGGAGCCAUGGGCGGCCCCUCUGUUCCCGCCUCCUCCUCAUCCAUGUGGUCCUGCCUCCACUGCACCUUCAUGAACCAGCCUGGCACAGAGCACUGUGAAAUGUGCAGCCUGCCCCGCAGUUAAAACCCUUUGUCCUCAGCUCUGCUUCCACACCUUCCGUGAUCGUACUCAGUCACUGCACCAGGACCAGCUGCAAGACUGACGGCCUCGCUGAUCUUUAUUCUUGCCUCACGUUGAAGCUUCUGUCCUUCCCAUCUCACAGGCUUCUGUGAUGUGCAGAGGAAUUUGCUCAUUUACAUCAAUUUCACUGAGUCAAAAUAAAAUUGAAUCAGACUGGAGUUUUUUUUUUUUUUUUUGGUUUGUAUCCCUUCACACAGCUGCUCUUCUGAGAGGCAGGAUACGCUUUAGGAAAAGCACUUUGUGGCUGAGACCCCUUUCCCUCACAUAAUCCCUCCCUCUAAUAAAUCCUGCUGUGACUCAGGACAACAGCAAAGACUCAAGUGUUUGGAUAUUUUCUCACAUCAGUGCCCCUCUCACUGUCACGAUGUCUUCUGGAAAAUCUUGCUGUGUAUAAAUACAUUUAAUAAUUGAUACUGUUAAUUUAAUUAAGUUUGCGUUUUUUUUUUUUUUUUUUUUUUUUAAAUCAGAUUGUAGCGUAUACUUUAACAUUUUGAAUCUUCAGUGUGGACUCAGCUCAGUCAGGUUUUCAUAGGUCUCUUUGAUAACCCCUUAAAGUACAAUCAUCAGUCAAAGCUCAGACCUGGAAACAAAGAACUCCAAUGUAAUCCCACUUAGGUAGAGACUGCUAUUUUCAGUAUUAAAUUUGAAAAGACCCCCCUCUGACUGUAGACAGCUUUUUAGUGAUCACCUUUUUGGACUGAUUAUCCUAAAGAUGUUUUUGCUGGUUUAUUGUAGCUUUCGAUUUUGGUGGUUUGAACUCGAGCAGGCACAAUAUGUAGCUUCUUAUUUUAUCAGCUGUAUGUUGUUUUUCUGUUAAACUCCCUCCCCACGACACCACUCGCCUUCAUUGUUCUUAUCACUGACUCGCAGAGUAUCAUCCGUGAGGUGCUUUAGAAACAACUGGUGCUCGCCACUUUCACCUCCCUGCCAGCCAGAGCAGAAGUGAUGUUCCUCCACUGAUGGUCCCCUGCAGGUUUUCUUUUCAUCGCUCUUAGUGCGAGCGGUUGCAGGUGAACACAGGUGGGGGGAAAGACACACCCAGUUUAAACCUGAUUUAUGUUUUAAUACCUGUUAAACUGUUCAUCCAGUUUACACCAGAUUACUUACGUAGACUGUUUCUCCCAAAUGCGGCAGGCCUUUUUCACAGCUGAACUGUAAUGUGCAGUAUUGUAGUAGGAAAAGCACAGGUGUGUUAAUGAUUAUUGAAUUAAUCGACCUUAUUUUACUUUCAUUGAAGGGCUGAAAUGUCAGCGAUCUAUGGUAGUAAAGGGAAAUUAAUUUGUGGUGCUCAGAAAUUUCUAAGUAUCUGGUCAGAUUAAACCUGUAUUAAGGCCACAUGAGUGGGAAAAGCUUUGUUUUAACUUGUUGCAGGCAUUAUGAUAGCUUUCCAUUUUCUUUUGCAUCAAAUGUUGGGACCAAAACAUAACACAAAAAACCUUUGUUCUGGUUGUCUUUAAGAUUUAACGUUUGUGCUCAAAUCUUUUGUAACAUCUUAUUAGCAACAAACAAAACCAAAUGAUGUCCUUUCAUACACUUAUGUUAGAGUAUUACUAGUUAACACUUGUGGCCCACAUUAGUUUGUAUGUUAUUUCAUGUUUCAUGUACUUCCUGGAAGUUUUUACCAGUUUGAUACUUGAAAUAAAAAAAGGAACACCGACACCUUGAAGCUGCACAGUGGACAUAUUCAGAAGGUGUAAAUAUGUCCACCGACACCUUGAAGCUGCACAGUGGACAUAUUUACACCUUCUGAAUCUUCAGAAUCUCAGCCUAGCCAUCUUAACAUCGCCUUCUGGUUAGUUAAAUCCUCGCUAACUGUCUUCUCCACCACUGUUCUCACAUUUUGAAACUGGAUGUGACAAACAAGGGCGAAUGUGUUUGAAAUUCCUCACUCAUUCCCUCUAGCCGGAGUUUCUAAAGAACAUAAUUUCUAAAAUGAGCAUCACGUGUUCAGUAAGACCUGAAACUAGUAGCUGAAACCUUACAUUGCAGAGAAGUGUUUAAGAUUCAGGGAGCCUCGUGGUGCUGCCCAUUGCAAAGAAUGCAGGUUUAAAUCACUGCUGGUUUGGCCUUCAGACCCAGAACUUCUGUCCAUCUUAAACAUUUUGUCACUUUCCAGGUUUAGUUUGGGUGUGCCCCCCCCCCCCCC